AAGACAACGUAAAGACUUAAUCGAAGGAGAACGGAACAAAGUUUUCGCUCGCAACCAAGUACUCGUAAUGGCUUCAAAAUACUAUACAGGGUUAAAGCAAAGCAGUAAAACUAUACUGCUUAUCCUUGGUGCGAAAUAAGCUCGUUUGACCUCUCGAACGAUGGUUGAUUGUUCAAGAAACUAGCGUAGAAAUCGUACUGUAAGCUUCUGCUAAAUUUCUCGUGUGAGAUGACUGCGAAUACUUGUACUAAAUGAGUGGUCUGUUAUAUUGGAUCGACUAUCGAUGGCGCGAUUUUCCUACAAGGCAAAGAAAUCGCUCGCCAGGCAAGAACAUCUUAAAAGAAAAUCUCGUGAAGCAGCAAAAUGUCGUCGUGGCCAACAAAAUGACGAGUAUUCAGAACUCGCUAGUCAACUUCCUUUAGGAGAAAGAGAGUCUUCGCAGCUCGACAGACUGUCAGUUAUGAGACUUACAAACAGCUUUAUCAAGAUUAAGCACUUUCUUAACAGUGUUUCAAACCAUGGAAAGAAGUACAGAAAUAAUACAUACAAGGGAUUAUCUUUUGAGAAAAAAAUUACUCAGGCGCUUGAUGGCUUUGUGUUUGUAAUUGGUGACGAUGGACAAUUUUUGUUUAUUUCGGAUAACGUCAAACAAUACUUGGGUCUCUUGCCUAUUGAGGUGGCAGGCAGCAGUUUUUAUAAAUUCAUUCACCCAUGUGACCAUGAAGAGGUUGCUAAGCAACUAGGGGGUAAAAUUCCUCUUGAAGACAUGGAAAUAUUUGAUGGACUUUUUUGCUCUGAUUCUAUAUUUUUGAUGUCAAAUAAUCUCAAAAGAGGUUCAUCGAACAGACAUGAUAUCGAAAACCACCCGUACAGGUCAUUCUUUGUCCGCAUGAAGAGUACUUUAACAAGUCGAGGCAAGAGUGUCAACUUGAAAGCAUCAACUUAUAGAGUUGUUCAUUGUAUGGGUUGUAUAAAAUUCUGGUUGCCAUCCACAGUCAAUGGUAGCAUGAAAACAAAAUCGUCAUGUUUUGUUGGUAUUGGUGUACCAUUGAUGUUUUCACCAACAUUUGAAGUACCGCUGGAUCGAUGUACUUUCACUAGUCAUCAUUCAUUGGAUUUAAAGUUCAUCUUUUGUGAAGAGGGUAUUGAAGAUGUACUGGGUUACACAUCGACAGAUGUUGUCGGUCAAUCUCUUUAUAAAUUUCAUCAUGGUCGCGAUAACGAUGUUUUAACUGAAUGCCAUAAAACAUUAUUAACCAAAGGUCAGUCCGUGAGCGGUUAUUACAGGCUGCUUGCCAAAUAUGGCGGCUGGAUUUGGGUUCAAACAAAAGCAAGUAUCGUCUACGCCAGUAAAACUUGCGAACCACAGUUUGUACUGUGUAUUCAUUCUGCCAUCAGUGAUAUUGAGAUGAAUGAGUCAAUCGUUUCACUUGAUCAAGUACAGAAAAUCAAAGAACGCGAGGAGACGCCGACUAACUCGCCCGACAAUCGUGACGAAUUCGAAGAAUUCGUUGGAAAUAUGUUUUCAUACAGAGUUUUGAACAGGGCUAUAUUAUCUUGCUUGAACGAUCACAAAAACAAGAAGUCAGAGGACGCGACAGACGUAGAUGCCGGUUAUGACAGUCCGGUUGCGUCUUCAAUAAAUGACAACGAAGAAGACUUUAUUGAAAAGUACAGUCCAAUGGCUAAGAGAUUUAAGGAUAACGAUUCGGGAUGUGAUGGCGACGUUGCAACAGAUUUAACUGAUGACGAAACAGAGGUGCAUCCUGAUGUGUUGGCUCCAUUUAUCCCACCACCUCCCAGUGAUACCCCCUUGUGUACUAAUGUGCCUUAUAAUAUGGAGUUCAUGGAGGAGAGUUUGAGUGAUGACGAUUUGUUAUGGGGCCAUGAUUCCUGGGAAAUAUACGACGCAGAAGCGGACACGCGCAGUGGAAAAGACCCGGAUAGUCUCAAUAUAAAGCGGACAUUGUCGACUCCGAAAUUUUCUUUGCUCGUAGACGAUCCGCCGUUGUUGAAGAAUUGCGAGGUUGAAAAAAGUGCACCUGUUUUGAAUCUACCUUUCUUGCAUGGUGACGAGUUUUGGUUUGAUGCCAAUCGGGGAAAUCGCUACGUUGUGUGACGUCAUGGUUCUUAUAUCAUCGUUAGGUUUUUGCUUCCGGCCACGAAAAGUUUCUAAUAUAAAUAUACUUGAACAAAGCUCGAUGAUUUGUCGGCAAUAAUGGUUGAAAAAAAGUUGAGAUUAUGAAGGAGAACUUGGUGGCCAAAACGAUACGAACUUUGUCGUUUGUAUCUAGUAAAUUUAAGCAGCUAAAUCUACGACAUUGUGUAGUUAGUUGUGGUCGUAUUUUUGUAGCAUAGUGAUUGUACGUAAUGACAGAAAGUUGGGAGUAGUAAAGAAAGUUUUUUUUGAUGA